AGAAGAAAUAAUCGAGUUGAAAAAAAAAAAAAAAUCACCGAAACGGUAUAGGAACGCGGCGAGCAGCACGUCGCCGCGCAAAUUAUUGUGCAACAGCACAAUCUACACGGCAGCAAAUACGUGCGGUGCGCGUUUGUGUGCGUUCGUGCGCGCGCGUGUGUGUGUGCGAGCGUGAGUGUGCAUUUUGUGCGCGCGCGCGUGUAGCGUUAUCUCGUCCGCCUCGCCGCGAGUUUUGCGACCCAAAACGCGCUUUCUCUCUCUCCGGUUGUCAAACGACCGUCGUAGCCGCUGGUGGUGGAGGUGCAGUUUGGAAAAUUAACCCACGCACGCACGCACGCACGCACGUAAUAAUUAUUAUUAUUGUCGUCAUUACGAUUUACAAUAAUUACCUACAGUAGGUCUAAGUGAUAUCGUUAAUUAUUAUUAUCGUACCAUAAUACCUACACCUGCGUAAUUUAUUGCACCGUCGAUCGUCGUCGUCGUCAGCGUGAACCGUGAUCGCGGUCGCCCGUAUAUUCGUUCCGAAAGACCGUAAUCGAAAUCGAUAGUAGUGAAUACAGUGGUGAUCACGGGUCGCCGAGACCUCCGCUGGUAGAGUUCCGCGAACACAAUCGUCGUACUUCGUCCGGCGUGCCGCCGCCGCCGAUGGAACACUCGUGGCGUCAUCGUGUCCGCCGUCGUCGUAGUACGUAGUCGUCGACAACGCCGGAAGAGACGACUUUUCGCCCGUCUUCCCGGUCCGCUGCUCUCCGGUGUUUCAUUCGAUCGAUUCGCUAGCCCGGCGCUACCUCGACCGAUCGACCGACCACCAGUUUCGAGCCAAUAUCGUAUUGGAGAGCUCUCGUCGCACGCCGAGCUGCUGUCAGACGACGUUAAUACACAGUGAGCCAAAAAGGAAUUGUGCUAAGACUUUUAAUGCUUUUCAAGCUACUGUAAGGAAAAAUUGUUGUUGCCAUGGGUACUAUUGUAGACAAUUUAUCCAAUUGUUCAAUAUCGACUCAAGAUAGAGUGAUUGCUCCUUCAAAUCAAAUUCAAAUUUUCCAACUCAUUGUAACAAUUGAAAGUGCAGAUUUAAAAAAUAAUGGUGGAUUGAUUAAACCGCAUCCAUAUGUUGAACUUAUUGUUGAUGAUUUUAAAAGGAAUAAAACUGAAGUUAUAAAAAAUACAUAUCAACCAAAAUGGAAUGAAGAAUUUACUGUACUUGUUACUCCAUACUCAAUAUUACACUAUCGUGUAUUAGAUUAUUGUAAAUUUCAAAAAGAUGUGCUUAUAGCUGAAAAGAGUAUUAGCCUUUAUGAUAUUUUAUGUAAUUAUAAUGGUGUCUGUGAUAAUUUGGAGUUGACCAUUGAUUUGAUGCGAACUCGUCAUCAUGAUCAUCUAACAUCAAGUUCAUCCACAUCUCACAAUUUGGUUAAAGUUGGGGAAUUGAUUACUAUAUUACAUGGUUUUCAAAUUGAUAUGUCUCAGGUUUCGAAUCCAUCUAGAGAUCCAGGAACUAGUACUAAUAAUCAUCAAGGAUUAUCAGAUGGCAAUUUUAGUAACGGAGUUAGAGCUCGUAAUCGUACCUCAAUAACGACUGUAGUUGCAUCACCUGUUCCGACUAUAGACAUGAAUGUAUCAACUAAUCUUGUAAAUAAUGCAUUAACUAAUAACAUUCGGGCUUCGCAAACUUCAUCAGUACACAAUAAUUCUGCAGAGGGAACAAUUACUGUUCAUCAUCAAAAUGGUCCUGUUACAGUACCAAUAGAAGAACCAUUGCCUGUUGGCUGGGAAAUGAGAUUUGAUGCAUUUGGACGACAAUAUUAUGUGGAUCAUAACACAAAAUCAACUUCUUGGGAAAGACCACAACCAUUACCUGCUGGUUGGGAGCUAAGAAGAGAUAACCGUGGGCGCAUUUAUUAUGUAGAUCAUAAUACUCGUACUACAACAUGGCAACGACCAAACGUUGAAAGACUGCAACAUUACCAACAUUGGCAAGGUGAAAGAGCUCAUGUAGUUCAACAAGGAAAUCAAAGAUUUCUUUAUCCUCAGCAUGCUUUAGGAACAGGUUCAGGACCAAAUAGUAGACAAACUACAGGAGUUCCACCAAAUCCUGUUGUCGAAGAGGAAGACCGUAUGGGACAGUUACCUAAUGGUUGGGAAAAGCGUGUCCAACCAGAUGGUAGAUGUUAUUUUGUUAAUCAUAAAAGUCGCAUUACCCAGUGGGAAGAUCCACGUACACAAGGAACUGAGUUGAUUAUUGAUAAUUCGGAUUUACCAACUGGUUGGGAAGUAAGAAAAACUACUGAUGGAAUUAGGUAUUUUGUUGAUCAUAAUACACAUACAACUACAUUUGAAGAUCCUCGUAACCAUGUACCACCCAUUCAAUGUUCAACUGGUCCUUAUGGGGUACCUGCUGCUUAUGAAAGAUCAUUCCGUUGGAAAUUAAGCCAGUUCCGGUAUUUGUGUCAAAGUAAUGCAAUAUCAAGUCACAUUAAGAUUACAGUUUCCAGACAGACACUGUUUGAGGAUUCCUAUCAUCAAAUAAUGAGAUCUGCUGCUUAUGAGAUGAGGAAACGUUUGUAUAUAGUGUUCCGUGGUGAAGAAGGCUUAGAUUAUGGUGGUGUCUCACGAGAAUGGUUCUUCUUACUUUCCCACGAAGUACUCAACCCAAUGUACUGUUUAUUUGAAUACGCCAAUAAAAAUAAUUAUAGUCUACAAAUUAAUCCUGCUUCGUAUGUAAACCCUGACCAUUUGUUAUAUUUUAAAUUUAUUGGACGAUUUAUAGCUAUGGCUUUAUAUCAUGGCCGUUUCAUUUAUUCUGGUUUCACGAUGCCCUUUUACAAGCGUAUGUUGAACAAAAAACUAACCAUGAAAGAUAUCGAGUCUAUUGACCCAGAAUUUUAUAACUCAUUGGUUUGGAUACGUGACAAUAAUUUAGAAGAAAGUGAUAUUGAAAUGUACUUUGGGGUAGAUUUUGAAGUACUUGGACAAGUUGUACAUCAUGAGUUGAUAGAAAAUGGUGACAAAGUGAAGGUUACUGAUGCUAACAAAGAUGAAUAUAUUAGAUUAAUGACUGAAUGGAGAAUGACACGUGGCAUUGAAGAACAGACUCAAGCAUUAUUAGAUGGAUUUAAUGAAGUAGUUGCAUUGGAAUGGUUAAAGUAUUUUGAUGAACGUGAACUUGAACUCAUGCUGUGUGGGAUGCAAGAGAUUGAUGUUGAUGACUGGCAGCAGCACACAAUUUAUCGACAUUAUAACAGAACUAGCAAGCAAAUUAACUGGUUCUGGCAGUUUGUAAAACAAGCAGAUAAUGAAAAACGAGCAAGACUUCUUCAGUUUGUGACUGGAACAUGUAGGGUUCCAGUUGGAGGGUUUGCUGAACUUAUGGGGAGCAAUGGAGCGCAGAGGUUUUGCAUAGAAAAGGUUGGUAAGGAAACAUGGUUACCUCGCUCUCACACAUGCUUUAAUAGAUUAGACUUACCGCCAUACAAGAGCUAUGACCAGCUAGUCGAAAAACUCAAUUAUGCUAUUGAGGAGACUGAAGGGUUUGCUCAAGAAUGAAACACAAAUAUAUUCAGGUUAAUGUUCCCUCAAUUGUUACGAUUUUAAAUAUAGAUAUAGUAAUAUAUAUUAAUAUUUAUAAGAGCGUACGGUGAUAUCAUGACCUCACAACAUUAAAUAAACGGUGAAACCGUAUUUAGCCUUUUAGAGGUUUAAAAUACAUUCCUUAAUUUAUAUUCUGUUUUUAUUUUAUGCAUCGUUAAUUAAUUUUGGAGUUAAGGUGUUUUAUUCAUUGAUGUUUCUCGUUAUAUAUCUCCGACUCAUAUAGUUACUAUUACUUAUAGAUUUUAAGAACUGUGUUUUUAUAAAUAAGA